UGAUAAUAAUAACAAAUAACAUACUUUUAAAAUGAACUUUUUCGUCAACCCUCAAAUUUCAUAAUUUAGUUAGACCGUGUGACUGUGUUACAAUGGGCGCUACAGCGGCAAACGAACCAAAAUCGGAAAUUUCCAAUUAUGUUAAGUUGAACAUCGGUGGGUCGUUGUUUUAUACGACUGUGACAACGCUUUCAAAACUUGACUCGAAACUUCGCGAUAUGGUGUUGUCAGAAGUGGCACAAAAUGCUGAAACAUUGGAAUCGGAAGGCUGGGUGUUUAUUGAUCGCUGUGGAAAACAUUUUGGCACCAUACUCAACUUCUUACGAGAUGGUUCUGUACCAUUACCUGAAACGUGUGUGGAAAUAUCUGAGAUACUGGCCGAAACCAAAUAUUACGGCAUUUCGGAGCUUCACGAUGCAUGUGAACAGGCGUUGCAAAAAAAAAGAAGUCAAAAUACAAAUAUAACAUGGGUCACAUUGAUAACGUCACAGAAUGAAGCUCAGAAACUGAUAUCCAUAUCGUCAAAGCCAGUGGUGAAAUUUGCAAUUAAUCGUCAUAACAACAAAUAUUCUUAUACAGGGGCAUCUGAUGAUAAUCUGUUGAAAAACAUAGAGCUGUUUGAUAAACUGGCAGAAAAACAUAGAGAACGUGGUCUAUUCAUUAAAGAUGUCAUUGGAUCAAACGAAAUUUGCUGUUGGACAUUUUAUGGUCCUGGAGGAGCUGUGAAAAAAGUUGCUGAAGUGUGUUGCACUUCAAUAGUAUAUGCUACAGAUAAGAAACACACAAAGGUGGAUUUUCCAGAAACACGUAUCCUGGAAGAGACUAUGAAUGUCAUGCUACUGGACACACGAAUCAACAAGUCUGUACAGGAACACGAACUAAUAGAAGCCACAUCAAGUUCAAAUGGUAAUUGUCGUUGCUCGUGUUCAAGUCAAUGGUCAGAUGUACUGUGGGAGAACAGUACAGCUAGCACAUUAGAACACAACUGAACACUAUGAUGCACUAACUUAAAGUUGUAAACUGUUGCUGUUCACUUUUAAAUAAUUGUCAUGUGAAUUUAUUUUUAUUAUUGAAAAAGGUUUUAACUAAAAACAGUUUCCUUAAAAUUAUUGACCACUGUAACAAAACUGAUGCAAAUUAUUACUUAGUGUAAUCUUGUACAAGUUGUAUUUGUUGAAGGUUGUUAGCUUAAUGAUCUUGAUAACAACAAUAUUCAAACAUAUUAUUAUUUUCUUUAAUAGUUAAAUUUUUUAGUUAGGUAUUUAUAAAA